AUGCCGGUUGCUUCCGAAGCUGCGCUCAAGCUUAGCAAGAGCGCCACCGGCAUGAGGCCGGAAAGCUCCGAGGACGCCACCCGGGCCUCACCUCCUCCUCAGGCAAGCCUGGUACCAUCUGGUGCCGGCAAAACUCCUGCCUCCCCUUCGGGGGGCAACACAAGUGCGGGGUGCGCGGCCCCUCAACCUCCUCAUCACCGCGCGGAGGAGGACCUUGCUUCCCCUCGAGAAGUCCAAGACACCAGCGCCAGCAACAUCGGCGCCGGCACCGAAGAUGCCGGGACGGUGGAACCUCUGGUUCCCCCCGCCCCCAAGAAAAAGAAGAAGAAGAGCGCUGCCUCCUCCCCCUCCAAGAGCAUGCCGGAGCCUUCCGCUCUGGUAAACUCUCCCCCGGCAAAGGAAGCACCGGAGGCUUCCGCGCCAUCGCCAACACCUCCACCGGCUGCUCCUACCGGCAAGCCAGCUGCCUCCAAGCCAACUCCUACCGCCAAGCUCACCGCCCAUCAACUUGCCGCGGUGGUCAUAGCGGCAGCCUCCCCUUUCUCCGGCUCACAGUCACUCGUACUGCACACCUGCCGCGCCGCCGUUGCUACUGGCGAGACGGCCUCAGCUCAGCUGGGCCGGAUCACGGAGCUUUGCUGCGGGGGAGCCGACCUGGGCUACCUGCUUGAAUCUUGA